GUAACGUAGAUUCCCGAGAAAUAGUCGAAAUGAGCAGAAAAAUACUGCAAAAUUACAUGAAAAAUAGAGCGAAUUACACAGAGAACUAUGAACUUCCAAACUAACCUUUCGUCCUCUGCUGAAAAAUUUAUUUACAUCGGAGAAACCAGAGAGAUAGCGGAAGGAAACGUCGGAAGAUCGAUUCGCAGCGGAUUAGAGUUGCGAGUCCGCUUGUUCAGAUCGGACUCCAUCCUCUUGCUCUGUUCCAGUUCCUUCCUGCAAGCUGCCAGCUCCACGUUCUAUAGUGAUGAAGCUGAGAGGAAUGCUGAGAGAGCAAGCAACGAGAAGCAAGCAAGUGUCGACGGCGGAGGUUUCCGGCGAAAGAGACAGUGGAUAGCACGUCGGUGGCGAUCGGCCAGACCAGCUCCGGGAGGCCGACAAGGGUGGUAGCUGGCGACCAGCAUCAGAUGACGGCGGAGAGCAGCUAUCUUAUGAGUGUGAAUGAAUACAACCCAGUAGUACCCUUUCCUGCUUACUGGGCUGCUCUGCCCUCUUAUCAUUAAUUCCACAACAGAACCAAUGAUUAAUUACUAAUAGCCUAUAGCAAGCAAUCAGCAAGCUCAUUAUUCCUUCGUUCUUCGAUUUAGUAUGGCUACUUCAGGAAUAGCAGAGGCUUAGCUUAAUUAAUAUAUAGAUUCUACUUAAUUAAUUAUGUUG